CCUUUGAGCGACGCCGCCUGCUGCUCUCAUGUCAGUCGUGUGCUGCCGAGCCAACAUGGCUGACGAGACGGUUAAAGCUCAGCUGGCACAGCCAGGGGGAGACACAAUAUUUGGCAAGAUCAUACGCAAGGAAAUCCCUGCCAAGUUGAUCUACGAGGACGACCAAUGUGUGGCUUUCCCUGAUAUCUCCCCCCAAGCACCCACUCACAUCCUGGUGGUACCCAAGAGGCCAAUAGUCCAACUGUCCAAAGCGGAGGAUAGCGAUGCUGCGUUGUUGGGCCACUUGCUAAUCGUGGCUAAAAAGUGUGCCGAGCAGGCGGGUCUGACCAACGGCUACAGGAUCGUCAUCAACGACGGGCCGGACGGAGGCCAGUCAGUCUACCACGUCCACAUCCAUGUCCUUGGGGGGCGAGGCCUGCAAUGGCCCCCUGGCUAACCCGAUGUAAUUUACUGUGGAUGAAGACAGCUUGUCGUGUGACUAAAUCAAACAAAAUCUGAAGAUUAAUCAGCGGUAAUAAAAAAGGUGAUGUCA